AUGAGGGCUUUCGUUGCCGCGGCAUCUGCGUUGUUGGCUGCUGGGGCUGUGUUUUCAGGACCGCUUUCGGCCAUUGCCGCUGUAAUUGUAGUUGUAGAAUCUGGCACUGUGACUACCGUCGAAGCGGAGGCAUCCCUGUUUGAUUCCCGCCUGGCGGUAGCUGGCGGGUGCGACCCGGCAGGGUGCUCUGGAGACAAGACCAGGGGUGAUACGAGGACGAGGACGAUGGACGUUUAUGUCGAUCAAGCCCUGCAAACGUCUUGGACCAGCUCCGGUACGACUAACGAAUUCGAGACCGUUGUGCUCGGCGUUACCGGGCAAACCGUCGAGCUACGUGGAGUGUUGGCCGACUCGGAAUGGCUCAGCAUCACGGAGGUGAAGGCUCUCGUCGAAGACGGUGCUACCGAUACCGAUGACAGCGAAUUCCAGAUUGAUUUUCCGUCCUGGGCCACUGAACUACCCCCUCUCCCAAACGCAACCUGGCGCCUCUUCCUUCCGCGUCACAACAUGUCAAUCAUGACGAGUGCGCAUGUCCGAGGAUCUCCCACUAACACCUCGUCGUUGCCUGCUCUUCCCUACAUCGUCCAGGUGAAGAUCAUGGUGCUAUCGGGCGACGGUCUCGCGCCGCCGCCCAGCCCUCCUACCACUACUCCCGCCCCUGUCUUCGCUCCCGUUGCCACUGCCACCCCCACGGUCGCUACCCCCGAACAACUCUGGUCUGCCAAGGAAAUCGGGACCCAAGAUACCACCGUCACGACUACGGCGGAUCUGUUCGACCCUGCCCUUGCCAUCGACAACGGAUGCGACCCGGCCGGAUGCACUGCGGCGCUCACAAGGGAUGGUGACACGGGAGAUGCCUCCCGCUGGUCUUGCGCCACCAACCUUGGUGGUGAAGGCGCCGUGUGCUCCAUCUCGUACGACCUCGGGCGAGAGUUUGGCCUCGAUGAGCUUCGCGUGGCGUUGUACAACGGAGACAUCAGGGUCAGGACAAUCGAUGUGUCAGUCGAUGGCGUGCUUGUCGCCACCUGGACCAGCUCGGGCACGACGGACGGCUUCGAGAGCAUCGCGUUUCCAGAUGGAGUUUCCGGCACGGUGAUCAACCUUCAAGGUGUCUUGGACGACUCGGAGUGGCUCAGCAUCAUCGAGACGGAGAUCAUGGUGUGGCCACAGAACGUCGUCACGCCUCCGCCCACCCCCGCCACCACCGCCCCUCCCGCUCCUGCUCAACCGGCGACGACGUCGCCGAUCCCUACUCCGGUAGGCGAUCUGCAACCCGUCGGUCUCAUACCCCUGGCUACUGGGGAUGGGUCGCUGCUUGACCGCUGUGCCGCCAAGGACGGAGACCUCUCAACCUCCUGGACUUGCACGGGCGACCCCAGAGAGGUUAGCCCCCAAGGCAUUCUGUACUACGAGUGCAGCCUCCUUUUCGACCUGGUGUACACCCGCCACAUCAAGCAAGUGAAAAUCGCUCUGGCCGACGGUGCCGAACGUGCGGUGGACAUGAGCAUCUCUCGCGGUUACGGUACGACCCCUGAGGAACUCGUGACCAGCUCGGGGACGACAGACGGCCUCGAGACGUACGACGUCGACUACAGGACUAGCAGUGUCAGGAUUUCCGGGGACUUUUCCUCCCCCGGGCAGUCUAUCUCCAUUUCGGAGGUUGAGUUCGUCGAAGAGGUGGUGGACGGCGAAGUCCUCCUCGAAACAAGCUACUUCGAUGAUUAUGAUUGGAAUUUCGAGCUGUCACUUUUCAACCGGAUCGGCGGCACGGACGAGCCGUACGCCACCCUCACGGGGUUGGAAAUCACGGGUACCGCGGAGUACCAAUCCAUCGACCUGACGGGAUUCGCCGGCCAGUACGUCACCUCCAUCGCAGUGCACGUGGAAGGCUCCGGAGGGUCCGAAUUCCCGCUGAUUGACGCUAGAAUCCUCGGCACCAAAAUCGACAACCCCACGGACACCUUCUACGUGGGGUCCACGUUCAUCCCGGAGUGGUACGGACACGGGGACCCGGACUUCGUGGGGCAGGGCACGGGCGACCAGAACGCAAUCAACGCCGCCAUUUGUGCCGUGAAGAAGGGGACCUACGACGGCGUGGACUGCGUCGGCAUGGAUGACAGUGCCACGGGCACGGUGGUUCUUGCCUUUGGCGAGUAUCACGUGGAUGGCAACAUCUUCAUGAAGUCUGGCGUCUUCCUCAAAGGCCGGUACCGUUUCGACGACUCCCCGUACAAUAUUGACAUCUUUCUGGAGGAAGGGGCACCGGGAAACACAGACGUCGACGCCAUGAUCGUCAUGGAUGGUAUCUCAGACGCCCGGAUCGGAGAUCUUUGGAUUCACGGGCUUUACGAUCCCGACACUAGCAACGACAGCCCCGCCGUACCUGGUUUAGGAUCGACCGGCGUCUCGAUUGUUGAUUCCCAGAACAUCACUUGCGCAGACACCUGGGUCGACUUCUGCGACGGUGACGCCAUGGUUGUGCGCUCCUCCAGCGUCGUGAACAUCGACGCCGGAUAUUACGACGAAUACAAGGCAACGGGGUGGCGGGUCUGCACAUCGUGGACUCCAACAACUUUACCUUCGAAGCCACCCAUCUACGUGGGAUCCCAGGGCCAAGUUGGCAGCCUUGAAGGACAACAGCCGAUCGAGGUCAUCGUCGAAGGCUCCAGUCUAAUAAAUUUCCAAGAAAUGUGGGUCCGGUCAGUCAACGAUCCUGUGAUGACGAUCAGCGAUAGCACGGCCGUAUCGUUCACCAAUGAUGGCUCCUACAGUGUCGCGUCCGGAACGUGCAUCAUUCAGACCGACGACCCCAGCACGGUAACGAUUGACCCCGAUGAAGACGAGCUCAUUCUGGAAGGCACAUGCUAUGUCAAGGUGUAA